UAUUGUCAAAGCGUGAAGAAAACAUAACCUCAAACUUUAAAUAUUAUUCAUUGUUUUUCAGUUUUGUCAAUAUAAAUUAAUGCUGAAACCUUUGGAAACAUGAGGGACGUAGUCUUAUCAAACUGUGAAAAAAACUUUCUAAACAAAAUAGUACCGGAAGGACACCGUUUAGACGGUAGAAAUUAUAAUGAAAGCAGACCAUUGAACAUCGCCUUCGGAUCCGAAUAUGGCAGUUGUAUAGUAUCACUGGGAGAAACUAAGGUUCUGGCACAAGUAUCCUGUGAAGUGGUACAGCCCAAACAGAUCAGACCAAAUGAAGGUUUACUCUACAUAAAUGCCGAGAUCAGUCCAAUGGCCGCCCCACAGUUUGAAGCUAACCGUCAGAAUGAUCUCUCAUUGAGCUUGAAUAGACAACUGGAGAAAUGUUACAAGGAUUCCAAGUGCAUUGACUUAGAGUCCUUGUGUAUUGUCGCUGAAGAAAAGGUUUGGUCAAUAAGGGUUGAUAUCAAGGUCCUGAAUCUUGAUGGUAACCUCAUAGAGUGUGCGAGCCUAGCCACUGUGACUGCACUAGCACAUUUCAGAAGACCUGACGUGACCAGAAGCGGUGACAGUGUCAUUAUUCAUGAUAUUACUGAGAAGGAUCCUAUACCUACUGUAUUAUUUCACUACCCUGUUUGUACUACUUAUGCUGUUUUUGAUGAAGACAUCCUCCUAGCAGAUCCUACUUUCCUAGAAGAAACUGUAUGCACAAGUUCCACAGAAGAAACUUCACGCUCAGGCCUACUAGUAGUUGGACUAAACCAGUACAAAGAAGUGUGUAUAUUAUACAUUUAUGGAGCUGCGUUAACCAACAGAGCUAUCUUAAACAAGGCUUUGCCAGGUGCUGCGGAAAGGUGUAGAGAAAUUGUUGAUAUUGUGAAGAAAGCUAUUAUUAGUGAUGAUGUUCAAAGACAAAAAAGGGUGAAGAUUAACUUCUCAGAUAUAAUAACGCAGGAUCACCUACUUUGUCUGAGUAAAAAGGACUUAACUAUCAAGCUCAAACAUUACAAUGCUGACGAUGACAAUAUAGAUGAAGAGGAAUUUAUGGACACUGAUUCAGAGAAAGAGCCUAGCAAAUAUGAUGUUGUUUCAUCAGUGCCUCAAACUGCAGAAAUACAAGCAAAGAAAGGAGCCUCACAAUGGAUAGAGAUUUCAUCAGAUUCAGAGGACGACUGAAAUAAUACACAUGUACUUGUUAAAUAAAAUGUAAUAAAUUUACAUUUUAAAAA